UCUUUUUCCCCCACUGAAUUCUUAAGUUCACCAUCUCUGGCUCCUCGAUACCGAUCUCAAUACCAUCGAAGAGACAGACAGAGCUACCGAAAAUGGCGGGAGUGGAUGAUUUCGUGGAAGCGGACAAUGCUGAGGCCAUCAUCUCCCGCAUUGAGCACAAAUCUCGCAAAAUCGAGAGCUUACUCAAACAGGGUAGACCUGUCGAGUCUCUGAAGACUGCGCUCGAGGGAUCGCCUCCCAAUACUCGAGACGAGCGCUGCAAGUCGGCGAAUUGGAUAGUGGUGCACAGGGCAAUAAUGGCGAUAAAGGAUUUCGAUGCUUUGUUCUCUUCUUUGGAUCCGGAGUACUACGACAUCCUCAUGAAGUAUCUGUACAGAGGCUUAUCGACUGGGGAUCGCCCCACGUGUGACCAGUGCCUUCGUAUUCAUGAGAGACUUACAGAGAGGGCUGGGCUCGGCUGCAUACUUCGUACUCUGGCAGACACAGUAAAUACAGUAUGAUUUGUGGCACCAUCUAACUUACGAACAAAAUGUCCUUGUGGCAUUUCAUCUAUCUGCCCAGUACUUAAAAAUUUAUUUUCUACUCAGAGAUUGUAGAAUGAACAUACUACGGUUACUCCAUGAUACUUAGAUUUCUGGUUUCUUUGUAAGUUCAACUUUACUUCAGCUUACUUCACCUUGUCAUGUGGUGAAACAAUGUAUGUUAGCACAUCCUAGUUAACCUCUUUCAGAAUCUUAUGACCUGGUUGGUACACUUAAAA